AUGACGAUGCUGAAAAUUGGGGGCGGAGCCUUGCUGGUGGCAGCCAUAGUGGCGGUCUUCGUGGUCGCCACUCAAGGCCGCGACCCAGACCUCGAGGCCUUGGAGCUUGAGGGUCGGGAGUACAUCUUCCAACUCGACAAGGCCACGGGCCUGAGGAAGAACAAAGUCGGGAUCUACGAGUGGGACUACUACUCCAAUAUCACUAAGGAAAAUGAAGAGAAAUGGAUCCAAGUCCGCCUCGAACAGUCCCAACAAGAGAAGCGAGCUUGGGAGGAAACGAAGAUGUACAGGUGGCAGGACUUCCAGGACUUCACUCUUCGAAGGAUGUUCAAGAAGUACAGCCAGUUGGGAGUGUCAGCACUACCAGAUGAGAAGUACAAACAGUUGAUGAAGGUGGUUGCUGGAAUGGAAUCCAAUUAUGCAACGGCCAAGAUCUGUCAAUAUAAAGAUCCUUCCAAAUGUAAUUUGUCUUUGGAGCCAGAAAUCACUGACAUGUUCGCGAAGAGCCAGGAUCCUGAAGAGUUGAAGCAUCUUUGGGUGGAAUGGCAUAAGGAGGCGGGGGCGAAGGCACGGCACAACUUCACUGAAUAUGUUCGCUUGUACAAUGAGGCUGCUAAACUAAAUGAUUACAAAGAUGUAGCUGAUUGGUGGCAGUCAGAGUAUGAAGUGGACAACUUUGAACAACAGCUGGCCAAGAUCUGGGAGGACGUGAAGCCCCUGUAUCAGCAGUUGCAUGCGUACGUGAGGAAGAGGCUGCGAGACAAGUAUGGAGACCACGUCGUGUCUGCUCGAGGACCCAUUCCUGCACAUUUGUUAGGCAACAUGUGGGCUCAAACAUGGAGCAACGUUGAAUCAUUCACCCGUCCUUACCCAGACAAGAAGGAAAUCGACAUCACACAGGCAAUGAAAGAUCAGAACUACACAGCAUUGAAAAUGUUCCAAAUGUCUGAUGAAUUCUUCAGGUCUUUGAACCUGACUGCCAUGCCCGAGAAGUUCUGGAAGAACUCCAUCAUUGAGAAACCUACUGAUAGGGAAAUUGUUUGCCAUGCUUCGGCUUGGGACUUCUAUGAUGGUGAAGACUUCAGGAUCAAACAGUGCACAACAAUCGAUUACGAGUACUUUCAAACCACACAUCAUGAAAUGGGACAUAUUCAGUAUUAUCUUCAGUAUAGAAAUCAACCGUUCGUUUUCCGGGAUGGAGCUAACCCAGGUUUCCAUGAGGCUGUAGGAGAUACGAUUGCCCUGUCAGUAUCAUCUCCUAAACAUCUUAGGCGAGUUGGAUUAAGCACCGGUGACGCUGAAGAUGAACAGACUGAAAUAAAUCAGCUUUACAAAAUGGGCUUAGAUAAGAUUGUGUUCCUGCCAUUUGCGUACACGCUCGACUUAUUCCGUUACGGAGUAUUCCGUGGCUCUACCACUCCUGAAGAUUACAACUGUCACUUCUGGAAGCUAAGGGAAUCCCUGCAGGGUGUGGAACCACCGGUCAAUAGGACUGAAGAAGAUUUUGAUGCGGCUGCUAAAUACCAUGUGUCAGCCAAUGUGGAAUAUGCAAGAUACUACGUGUCCUUCAUAAUCCAGUUCCAGUUCCACCGCGCCCUCUGCCAGCUGGCUGGAGAGUAUGUUCCUGAGGAUCUCAACAAGAAGCUCGUAGACUGCGAUAUCUACCAGAGCGUAGCUGCUGGAAAUGCUUUCGCUAACAUGCUCAAGAUGGGUUCAUCGAAACCUUGGCCUGAUGCGAUGGAGGUCCUUACUGGUCAAAGAAGUAUGAAGGCCGAUGGACUCCUGGAGUACUUCAGACCUUUACACGAGUGGCUACAAGCUGAGAACCAACGGACUGGCGAAUAUAUCGGAUGGGAACCUAGUAAAACGCAAUAUUGCACAGCUGAGCAGCGAGCCGCGUUAAGUGCGAAGGAAACAUCGAAGCCAGAGACACAACAGCCCGCGGAGUCGUGACGCGUUGAGUACUUACUACACUUAGUCUAAUUUAUAGCAGACAAGCAACACAGUAUUCAUAAUAAACGUUUUUAUAAGGAAC